AAUCCGGUCUGCGAUUCUGCAAAAAAAAAAAAAACCAAUAUUUAAAGGAGGGGUUUUUGUUUUUGUUUGUUUGUUUUGGAAAGGAGAGGACCAAACAAGCCUUAAUCACUAGUAGAGAUAGAGAAACGAAAAAACGACAGAUUCGAGCUGGCGCUGCGAAAGCCUGUGACCCAGAAACUCUAAUCUGACCCUCUUAAAAAAAAAAGGAAAAAAGAACGAAUUUUUAUUAAAGAAAGGGGUGCAAACUUUGUGGAUUUGGAGGCCAAAUCAGCGGGCACUUUCUUCGCUUGCUUAGAGUGGCUGAUAUCGCAUUUGACCCUAAGCUCUUGUGAAAAUGUAAUUUUCAUGACUUAUCAGGUGUUGCUUGUGGAUAAAAGAUGAGUACGCUGGAUGCAACUAGAGCAGAACUUGCUCUUAUAGUUUUGUAUUUGAAUAAGGCUGAAGCAAGGGAUAAGAUAUGCAGGGCUAUACAAUAUGGUUCGAAAUUCUUAAGUGACGGGCAACCUGGCACAGCCCAAAAUGUUGACAAAUCAACCAGUUUGGCUCGGAAAGUUUUCCGUCUUUUUAAGUUUGUCAAUGAUUUGCAUGGUCUUAUUAGCCCAGUUCCUCAAGGAACUCCCCUUCCACUUGUUCUUCUGGGAAAGUCAAAAAAUGCACUGUUGUCAACUUUCUUAUUUCUUGAUCAAAUUGUCUGGCUUGGCAGAACAGGCAUCUAUAAGAACAAAGAACGAGCUGAGCUAAUUGGACGAAUAUCCCUUUUCUGCUGGAUGGGUUCCUCAAUCUGUUCCACCUUGGUUGAGCUUGGGGAGGUUGGAAGGCUAUCUGUAUCAAUGAAAAAGUUGGAAAAGGAUCUUAAGAAUGGUGAUAAGUACAAGAAUGAGGAAUUCCGUGCUAAGCUCCAAAAAUCAAAUGAGAGGACUCUAGCUCUUGUUAAAGCAGCAAUGGAUAUAGUGGUUGCGGUUGGGCUUCUUCAAUUGGCACCUAAGAAAGUCACUCCUCGUGUAACAGGAGCCUUUGGAUUUGUUUCAUCUGUCAUCUCCUGUUAUCAGUUACUUCCAUCACCACCCAAGUCCAAGACACAAUGAAGUGGGAAGCCCGUUUUGCUAAACUAGCUUAAGUAUCAUUAAAAUAAUAUAAUCGAACGUUUGCUUUAAGUUCAUAUUGGUAUAAGCUUUGAAAAAUUUGUAAACCUGGGGUGAAUUCAGCACCACUGUUGUUGCAUUUCUUUCAGGCGCUCAGCAAAAUAAUACUAAGAUAUAUUGCUGUCAUUUGUUAGCAUUGAUGAAUUUAGAUGGUUUAUAUUAUA